AUGUACACCGACUGUGUUUCAAUUAUUGUUAUAGGAGCAGGUUUAAUCGGCCCACGUCACGCUUCCCAUGUUGUCAAUAGACCAAAUGCUCGUCUCUAUGCCAUUGUCGAUCAUUCUGCCAAGGGACCUUCUGUUGCUGAAUCAUUUGGAGUCCCUCUCUAUAAAAACUUGACAGAAAUGUUUGAAUAUUGUGAUGCAUAUAAUGUCAAGUAUCCGGAUGCUGCCAUUAUUGCCACUCCAAACCAUACCCACGUCCCACUUGGGUUACACUUGGCCUCUAAGGGGGUCCAUUUAUUGGUUGAAAAGCCAUUGAGUCCAAAUGCUUCUGAUUCGAAAACUCUCAUUGAUUAUUGUAACAGUGUCAAUGUUAAAUUACUUGUUGGUCAUCAUAGAAGAUUUAAUCCAUAUAUUAUUUCUACCAAGGAAAACCUUUCCAAAUUGGGACAAGUAAUUGCUGUUCAAGGAACUUGGACCCUUAGAAAGCCAGAUGAUUAUUUUGAAGAAAAACCCUGGAGGUCUUCAAAGGCUUUGGGUGGAGGAGCUCUUUUAAUUAACUUGAUCCAUGAUUUGGAUAAUUUGCAAUAUCUUUUCGGUCCAGUUCAAAGAGUAUAUGCUGAGUUACUUCUCAAACAGAGAGCUUCACAACUUCUGGAAGAAUCCUACCAUGAAGCUGUCGAUGAAGGAGCAGUCCUUACCUUGAGAUUUGCUAAUGGAAUUUGUGGUACUUUCAUUUGCUCUGAUAAUGUUACUUCACCAUUCCUGUUUGAAGCAGGUACUGGUGAAAACCCAACUGUACCAUUCAAUGAAACUGCUGCUGGGUUCUACAGAGUGUUUGGAAGUCAUGGUACCUUAUCGGUACCAGAUCUUCAACUCUAUCAUCAAAAUCAAGAAUCUUCUAGAUCAUGGCUUAAUCCAGUUCAAGAUGAGCAACUUAAAAUGCAUCAUGAACUGCGUAGAGAAGUUGAAGAGGAAGAAGAUCAAAUUAUGUUUGGUAUGCCUACUCCUUCUCCAUCUCCAAAUAUGAAAGAUGGGAAUCUUUUAUUUAAUAAAUCUAAAAACUCUUUGGAGAAGCCUAAACCAUUUGAUUUACAAUUAGAUCAUUUUGUUAACUUGGUUCUUGGGAAAGAGCUGGUUGUCAAAUGUAGUGGAGAAGAUGCACUUCGUGCUUUGUUGUGUAUAGAAGCAGUCAAACAAUCAAUUGAAACCGGUUUACCACAGGUGGUACCUUCAAUUGAUGACAUUGAUAUUAAUCACGAGUUAAUGAUCUAA